CGUGCUCGCGUGAUGAAGUACUCGAUAUCAGGCACACCUACCGGCCCCUGUCCGGGAUUCAAUUCUGUGGGUCAGGUCUCAGGCUCCCUCCACUGGACCAUCCGUUCAUUCCGUUGCCGGAAAGACCGAAAGAGGAGCCAAGCAAUGGAGGCUGCCGAGCAAAGAGAGCAGGGAAGCAGCCAUAGUGGCGAUGUCAUGCAGAUGCAGAGUGGGUGGGGGCAGUUGGACUUAAUUCCGCCUGGCUGCAUCCGCCAGCACAGCUUCACACGCCAAGGGAAGCGCUUGGCCUGGCCUGAAUUUUGUAACCGCAGCAAGCUGAUGCGUCUCAUCCUCCUACACUUUGUUCAGGAUAUAUCUCCCAGGGUCAAGGGAAUUUGCACCUGGAUGUGGUCUCAUGUGGAACGGUUGGCAUCCCGACAACUACUCUAUGAUGAUUGAUUGAUAUCUUCUCGGCGACAUAUCGUUCUGUCUGCUAGGCAUACUUAUCAAAGAGGAUCAUCUGGUGGACCAUUUCUUCACCUAAUCCAACAAUAUUUGCAAACCAAAACUUAAUGCAUUAAAAGGCAGGUUGUUUGUUGAUCUGUAAUUCCACCUGACAGAUAGAUCAACAAGUUUAUGAUUUGGUGAUCUGUAAUUCUAGUGCUAAAGGUUAUGAUUGGUGAUCUGUAAUUCUAGUGAUAAAGAUUAUGAUUGGUGAUCUGCUAUCCCAAAUGGUCUCAUAAAUU